AUGGAAAAUAAUUCAAAAAAAAAAAAUGAAACAAUAGAAGAAUUAAAUGAAGCAGUUACUGUAAAAUGUGAAGAAAAAAAUGAUAAUAAUGACUUAAUAAACUCAAAUGAAUUAAAUGAAAAAAAUAAUGACAGCUUCACUGACCAAAAUACGAGUGUGUUGAUAUCAAAUGAAAAUGAAAAAAAAUUUAUGAGAGAUUCAUCUAAUUUAAGUUUUGAUAAAAACUUAUUUUCGGCACCAAAAUAUCAUCCACAUUUUCUACUAAAAAAUUACACUGUUCAAUAUAUGGAGCCUGUAAUAAAAAAAGCUAAAGAAAAGACAUUUUUGUGUUGUUGUUGA